AUGGCUUCCACCGCGGACACCAAACUGGAUUCCGUUCACGAAGAGCACAAAGGCAGCAUUGAUGGCGGCAAAAUUGAGAUGCCCAAUGACCAGAUCAAACAUGGAGAUCGGGCUUUGGCUCUCAUUGGCAGCGAGCAAAUCGAGCUUACGGAGGAAGAUAGUCGUCGGAUCUGUCGCAAAACGGAUCGAGUCAUCCUCGCCAUCUUAGUCUGGGUGUAUUUCCUGCAGAUACUCGACAAAUCCGUCCUCGGCUACGGCGCUACAUACGGAUUGAAGACGGAUACGCAUUUAACUGGAAACGAGUAUUCAUUAGUCGGCUCUAUUGCCCCGAUUGCACAACUGGCAUGGCAGCCCUUCUCAUCCUAUCUCAUUGUCAAAGUCCCGCAUCGAAUUUUGAUGCCCGCCCUUUGUUUAGGCUGGGCAGGUUGCCUGCCAUUGUUCAGCAUUAUUACGAGCCAAUGGUACAGACGAGCCGAGCAACCGAUUCGAGUUGCAGCGUGGUAUGGCACCAAUGGAGCUGCGACCAUUAUCGCGGCUGCUCUGUCCUAUGGUCUGGGACACAUUAAAUCAGAUCUACUAAAGGAGUGGCAAAUUAUCUUCCUCUUUGUCGGCCUUGUCACCAUCGUCUCCUCCCCAUUCAUCUACUGGAAGCUCGAUAACGAUAUCCCAUCCGCUCGGUUCCUAACGGAGCAAGAAAAGGCACAAGCUAUUGAAAGACUCCGAGCCAAUCAAACGGGAACAGGAAGCCGAGAGUUCAAGUGGAAACAUCUCCUUGAGGCCGCCGUAGAGCCUAAAACCUACUUGUGGAUCGCCAUGGCACUGCUUCUUAAUGUCGGUGCGAGUGUGACCAACACGUUCGGUCCUCUUAUCUUAAACGGCCUGACCAUUGUCAUCCUACUGGCGAGUUUCUUAGCCCAAAAGGCGCGUGUCAAAGGCGUCAUUCUCAUGCUCUUCAUGAUUCCUGUCGUCGCUGGCCUAGCUGUUCUUUACUCUGUACCUCGAGACAAUUCCGCAAAAGCAGCUCUUCUCGUGGGAUACUAUCUCCUCGCCUUUCUCUUCGGCGGAAAUCCCCUUAUUGUCACCUGGAUCGUUGGCAAUACGGCUGGCACCACGAAGAAAUCUUCGAUCAUGAGCGUCUACAACGCCGCUAGCUCAGCUGGCAACAUCAUUGGGCCUUUGCUCUUCAACGACAAAGACGCACCAGCCUACAAGCCUGGUCUCCGUGCUUGUUUGGCUAUCUUUGUGGCCCUUGUGGCGGUUGUCGCCAUCCAGUGGGCCAACCUUAUCGUCCUGAACAAGCUUCAGGAAAAGAAGCGUGUGCGCAACGGCAAAAAGGCAAAGGUUGUUGAUCACUCAAUGGAUUCAACAUAUCAGACUAUGGAUGAGCGUACCACGGUUGAAGAGGCUGUUAUUGCACAAGAAAAUGCAGCUGGCACUGUAGAGUUUGGGGGAGAAGCUCGACUUGGAGAGCAGGCGUUUUUGGAUCUUACGGAUCGUCAAAAUGACGAGUUUGUUUAUAUUUAUUGA